CACUAAAAUCUUUUCAGUUUGCAGCCGGCUCCGUGUUUUAAGUAUUGACACAUGUCAUUUGCUCGUUUAAACAUCAGUUUACCAUCGUUUGUCAACCUAGUGCAAUAAAACAAAUCUGAAUCCAGACUAACCUAUAACAAGUGCAAUAGAAAUGGAGAAUAAGAUCGAAGAUUUAUCCAAGCUCAAGAGAGAAGUCGAUUCCAUGGACGAUUUCGAACAUUUGGGCCACGAUUCCAGCCCAUUGAAGGAAAUGAAGGAAUACACGAGUGACUUUUUGGGUUUGAAAUCGGACGUCGCGGCGCCAGCACGUGAGUCAUCCGACGAAAUCAAUAGUAGGGGAGGAAAUACAGGAAGUUGUAUUAUCGGCAGUGUCGAUACUUCGAGAAACGUUCCUUUGAUUCCCGAAAAAAUGGAAUCCAAUGUAACCGAAGGCGUUGACCAUUUUCCAGACCGCAAAGAAGCGGACGCUAAACUCGAUAAGUUCUUGCACGAGAUGAAUCAGCCGCCCCAUCAGAUUCCUGUUCUCCAAGAUAAGUAUAAUAUUCAAUCUUUCGUGGACAAUGAACGUGGGCUGGCCCCUGAGAAGGCACCGAUUCACUCCAGUAACGAUAUCCUAGACCGUUACUCGGACAGUGAACCCGAUGAAGAAGGCCAUGUCGAGAGCUCCAAAUACGGUGACUCCCCAAAAAAGAGUCACUCGGAGACGUUCCGUUCAACGGAGAAUCUUCAAGGGGAAACCUUCAAGGAUCUGGAAGAUUUCCUAGAACUUCCAAAACAGGAUAAGCCGGCGUCCAAACCUUCUGCUCCGGUUCUUGAAUCCUCGAGUUUAGUUAAGGAAUCGCUCCAGGAAAAAGGAACAGAACACAUUGAGAGAAUUUCUGAACCUGCAAUACAGAAAACACCCGAACCUGUUGAAGAAAAAACACCAGAACCUGUCAGGCAGAAGACUCCAGAACCUGUAAAGCCAAAGACACCGGAACUAGUUAGAGAGAAGACACCGGAGCCUACGAAAUCUGUGGAACCUACCAAGAAACUUGUCGAACCUGAGUUGCCAAAAAAAUCGGAAGACAAGUCGUCGAAAAAGCCGAAAAUCGAACCUGCCGAUGCCGAAGCGAUUUUCUGCAAAAUGGGUUUAGAUGCAUGGUUUAACCCAGAAAAAUUGGAUCCAAAAGUGGAAAGUUUAAUCUACUGGCGCGACCCUAAAAAAUCUGGACCCGUCUUCGGAGGAGUUCUUUUAGUCCUCUUAUCUCUCACCUACUUCUCCCUCAUCAGCGUGGUGGCAUACCUUUCGCUCUUAGCUCUGAGCCUAACCAUAGCGUUCAGGAUCUACAAGAAUGUAGUGCAGGCAGUACAAAAAACCGGAGAUGGACAUCCAUUCAAGGACUUUUUGGAGAUGGAUAUGUCUCUGCCCCAGGACAAGGUUAAGGAAAUCUCUGAGGUGAUCGUUGCCCAUGUGAAUGCUGCCGUCGUUGAACUCCGUAGGUUGUUCUUGGUCGAAGAUCUCGUAGAUUCCAUCAAGUUUGGAGUUUUGCUGUGGACGCUCACGUACUUGGGAGCUUGGUUCAAUGGAAUGACCUUGAUUAUUAUCGCAUGGGUCGCACUUUUCUCACUUCCAAAAGUUUACGAAACGAAUAAAACUCAAAUUGAUGCCAAUUUGGAAAUCGUGAGGACUAAAUUAGCGGAAAUCACAACCAAAAUAAAGGCAGCUAUUCCAAUGGGAAAGAAAUCAGAGGAGAAGAAGGAGCAGUAGAUUUUCCACCUGCGUGACUAGUAGAAAAUUCUCCCGAAUUUCACAAACAAUUUUAUUUAUUGUUUUUAUUCCAUCCUUAAGAAAUUACUCUCAAUUGUACUCGCGUAGUACAAUUAUUGUAUAUAAGCUGUUAUUUUAAUCAUUGUAUUUUAUUCUUGUUCGCUGUUCGUUUUUUGUAAUACAUUGUAUGUAUAUCAAUGCAAAGAUUCUUAAAUUUUAACUAAUUGGAUGUAUUACAGAAGAUGUAGAUGUAGAUUUUGUGGUCCUGUUUAGUUUACUUCAUUUCAAAUGUUUAAUUAUCACGACAAAUAAUAUUAUUAAUAUGUAAGUCUUCAUUUUAGUAACCGCAGAUAUUUUACCAACUUUAUAAUUUUGUGAAAAACACGUUUUAUAUGCUAUUUCAAAGUAUAUAUGCGGUUAUAUGUUGUAAAUUUGAUGCAAUAGCGAAGCAAGCAAGCAAUUCAAAUGUGCAGAAAUACAAAGAAAAUCGUCUUUUUGCUAUUUUUGCCAAUAAUUUUUCCAGUCUUGCAAAUUUGGAAACUGUUUUGAACACGUUUUGUUUUAAAUACUUGCUUGGUAUCACUAAUAAGCCCAGUUAACACAGACAUCUGAUGGAAAUCCACUGGGUUUCCUAUUCAUGUCAUAUCCACCAACAGAUAUCCAUUUCAAGUCCGCUGAGGGAUACCUCAUGGAUUUACAGUGUUGUGUGGGAGUAAGUUAGACUGAAGACAAUUAAUUUAUUAGCAACACGAAAACUGUUUCCACGUUAUUUCGAAACGUGAGAAAGCCGUACUAAGUAUCUUAUAUGUAUCUAUUCACCAUAAGAAGAUCUAAGAAUUAUUAAGUACUCUAAAUCUAAAUAACGUAAAUAAAAUAUCUAUUGAAUAAUAUUGACUUAUAGUCGGCUAGUGUUAUUGUCGUAUAUGUCUCAACUAUAUUUAUAAGUUAUCCUAUCAAGAGAUUUAAGUGUAUGUGAAGGAAUGAGAAUAUAAUUCAGACUGUUGCAUACUUUUAUAUAGCUUUGUAUUUGCUUUGGAAAUUAAAAUUGUUUAUAUCUGCUUUA